AUGUCCCUACUGAAUUACCUACCCAGAUUCUACGCGAGAACGGGUUACUCUGAUUCUGCUUUGUCGCAGAUCUGCGCAGCUGUCGGGCUAGUUGGUCUAGUCAACAAAGCCUACAACAAGGAUAUGCUCAGCGCCGCCACGAAUAAUUACGGUGCUGCAAUCCGAACUGUCAACACCGCAUUGCUAUGUACGAAGAUUGCAGUAAAGGACUGUACAGUUGCGUCAAUUUACUUAGCGGCCAUGUUCGAGGCGUUGAUUCUUCCAAGGCGCGCAGGCAUGGACAAUGCCGGCAUUCAUCUAGCUGGUGCUGUCUUAGUUGCGCACUUGAUUCUAAAGCAGCGGAAGCAGACUGAUGUUACCAUUAAGUUGUGCAAUACACUGAUGAAGACGGUCAUCAUGAAUUGUUGGAUCCAGGAAGUACCACUACCGCCUAAUUUCGUUGACUUCAAGAGGCUAGUGGAGCAGAAGGCGGAGCGUGUGAUGGUGUAUGAUUCUUUUCUCGACAUCAUCAUGAGUCUGGUUCAGUUCAAGCAGGAGUACCAAGAUGCAACCAAGGCGGAUCCAAUGGCUAUCGUGCAAAGAGCAUUGACAAUCGACGCCAAUCUGGAUGAAUAUGCACGCGAGUUAGCACUCAAAGCUCCCUUCGAAACUCAUCAACUUUCGAAUGCCGACGAUAGUCGGCUCGCGCACAAAGGUUACUAUCGCUGUGAGCUUCUUCUUUGA